AAAAAAAAAAGUCAUAAUCCAAAAUAACAAAGAUCCUGGAAAUCCAAAGGUCCUUCAAUUUCUCUGCAAGUCAAGUUUAUUAUUUACGCAUUCCUUGUAAAAAAUAAUUUGAUUAAUUCUUAAUCUACUUUUUUUUUUUUUUUUUCCUUUCUGGGUUCUGAUUUUAAGUAGUAGUAAUCUUGAUUUAACUUCAUUUUUUAGCUUCAAGUUUUAACUUGCUUUGACGUUUAAUUGUUUCUUUUCCCAUCUGAUUUGCCAUAUUUCUAUGGAUUUCAUGGUGAAUCAAGGAUAUUAAUUAGUCCUCUGGCGGCUAUGUCAAUGAGCUGCCAAGGGUGAGAGUUGAACUAUCGACAGAACUGGAACGAGUUUUUGCCCUGAAGCUGUUGACGGUUUGGCUUAACUUUGCUAGUUCUUGGACUAUCCUUUCGGCCCUUGGGUUGCUUUUUAACGAGUUGGUAUAUUGGCCCCUUUCUCCUGGUGGAUUAUUAGGGCUAAAAAGGUUUGGUAGUUGAAGAAUUUGGAUUCUUGAAGAAGAAGCUAUGAGCUCUUUGUUUUUCAUUCACAAGGAUUUUUCAAAGGUUUUACGAGGAGAGCAAUAUAGCAGCAUCUUUACCAACAGUGUAUUUGAAUCUGGACAGGGAGUAUUGUUCCGAUGACCAAUAAUGAUGCUGAUGAAGGAGAAGAAUCUCCCGACGGGAUAAGAGAUAGAGUCUUGGAUGAGAGUCAAAGUAAGGUCUUAACUAAUGGGUUGAAGGCAGACGGGGAUGUGAAUGAUGGCGGCAGAAGAGACUCGAUAUCACAAACAAUUAUUCAGGUCCAGCAGCAACAGUCUCAAGGGACAGCUGUGGAUUGGGAAAGGUUUCUUCAUAUUAGAUCCAUUAAGGUGCUAUUGGUUGAAAAUGAUGAUUCCACACGACAUAUUGUCACAGCCCUACUUAGAAAUUGCAACUAUGAAGUGAUAGAAGCAGCUGACGGAGUGCAGGCGUGGAGAAUUUUAGAAGAUUUGACCAACCAAGUUGAUCUAGUCUUAACAGAAGUAGUGAUGCCUUGCUUGUCUGGUAUUGGUCUUUUGUGCAAGAUUAUGAGCCACAGAACGCGGAAAAUAAUUCCUGUUAUCAGUAUGCUUCUCUUAGCUGUAUACACUGCUUUAUUCUUGAUGUUGUCUGUAGACUGUUCUGUUGUACUAACUAGUCCAUAUGAGGUUUAUCUGCAGUGAUGUCGUCUCAUGAUUCAAUGGGAUUAGUUUUUAAGUGUUUGUCGAAAGGGGCUGUGGACUUCUUAGUAAAACCCAUACGGAAGAAUGAGCUGAAGAACCUCUGGCAGCAUGUCUGGAGAAGAUGCCACAGUUCUAGUGGAAGCGGAAGUGAGAGUGGUGCACCAACUCAAAAAUCUGUUCAUACACGAAGUAGUGAAAAGUCCGGCGACAGCAGCAGCAAUGCUGGAGAAAAUAAUGGAAGCAAUGGCCUAAAUAAUAUUGAUGGGAGUGAUGAUGGAAGUGGCACGCAGAGUUCUUGGACAAAACAGCCUAUAGAAGGUGCUGGUUCUCCAGCAACUUCUCCAACCAAUCAGGUUGCAAACCAUCUUGAUAACAAGUGUGCUCAAGUUAGUGAACCAAAUGCUGAAGCUUCUAGUGGCAAGAGGGUGCAAACUUCUGCUAAAAAGGAACGGCCAAAGGAAGAGCAAUCUGGUAAUUGUUUAGCUUUCCUUUCAACUAAAUCCAUUCACUUUAGUUUACGCCGAUGCUUCAUUGUGCCUUUUCAAACUACGUACGUGCCAGACCCUUUGCCAGACACUACCAAUAAUCUGGAUUCGGAACAAAAUCCACUUGACGUAUGUGCCAGAGUCACUGGGGCAAAGCCAAAUAGUCACUCUGAAGUUACCAGUUCAAGAAUGGGAAAAGAGGAGGAAAGGGCAAAAGGAAAAUUGCAUCUCAGCAAACAUAAAGUGGCUGAAAAGAAUUCAACUUAUCCUCAAACUAACAGCAACGAGUUUGACCACCCUAAAGAAUUCACUUGUGGGCAGGAAGUGAAGGAAAACCCCUUGGACGAUACUAGAGAGAAAGAAAUCGAGUUAAGUUUAAAGCGGCUUAGGGGUACUGAAGGAUCUGAAAAGACUAUUCAGGAUAAUUCAAAUUCGUUGAAGCAUUCUGAGCACUCAGCCUUCUCUAGGUAUAAUACAUCAACCAGUUCUGCAAAAGCUCCUAAAGCAAUCACCGGAGACAAAAAUGUGAAUAGUCUUGAGGAUGUGAACAGAGACUCGUCAUCUGGUCAUACAAAUGGAAACAUAGUGUUCCCUAGUUUUGUAGGUAGCAAUUUCAUAGGUGUGGGAUCCUUAACUAAUACUUUUCCGGGAAACCCUAUUCCUUUUAGUUCUGAAGCUGCAUCAACAGUAAAUGGUUUUCACCCUUUUUCUGCUUUUCAACCUGUAAAAAGUGACCCAAGAAACAUUCCACCACUAUCCACCCAAGUUAAGUCCGUUGACAUGCAAGCCUCAUCUGUACUGUCUCCGACAAGAGGUGUGCAGCUGGAGCUCCAAGAUCAUCAUCAUCAUCAUCUUCGUAACUUAGAACAAGAACAGAUAUUAUCCAAUUAUGAGAAAUCACCAAUGAAAAAGUUGGUUGCUGAGGCUGCGCAUAGUGCCUUGUUAAAUGUUGUAGGUGGACCUGAAGCUGGAGCUCCUGAAAACUGUUGUAUGAAAGGAAGUGUCUCAGGAAGCACCUAUGGGAGCAAUGGUCAAAGUGGGAGUAGCAGUGCUGUGAACACUGGGUUUAUUAAUGGAGAGAGUGGAACUUUGGAUGGAAGAAUUGAAAAUAUGGAUGCUAAUAGAAGUGGUUUUGGAAACAGAAUUGAUGAGAACAAAUUAGCACAGCGAGAAGCUGCUCUGUUGAAGUUCCGCCAGAAGCGUAAGGAGAGAUGCUUCAAGAAAAAGGUUCGAUAUCAGAAUAGAAAGAGACUAGCAGAACAACGGCCUCGUGUUCGCGGUCAGUUUGUGAGACAGAUAGACCAUGGCAGUUCAAAUGAUGCUGCAAGUGCAGAUGAAUAACUAGAAGCACAGGUAUGAUAACAACCUGGGAGUUCACUCGCCAGACUGUUGGUAAUAUACACAGUAAAUUGAAGAUUGUUUCAGCAUCAUCGCCUUUUACUAUCGCAGGUUUUGGUCAUUAUAGAUUAUAUGUAUAUUGUAUUAAUCUAGAGAACCACAUGAAUUGUACCCUCAAUGUAACUGUGCUAGGCUUUAAAAUUUUUGCCACUGGCUGGACUCUUCAUACACCUCCACAUUCUGUUUUGGUGAGUUGGAUUAGUUCUUGACUUUUUAAAUGCGAUGUUGAAUACUAGUUUACUAAAUCGUUGCUCGAAUGGUUCAAAGAGGGGGAACUGUUUUGCAAUUUGCUCGAUCUUUACUUGAAUGUGUAUCAAGAGAAGUUUUGUACAAUUGCUUUCUGUAACUGCCGUAGUGAAAAGAAAAGAGGAUGCUCUUACCAAGACGUGAAUCGUGAGGCAUUGCUCAGAGUCGAUAUAAUACACGUUUGGUUUGUCUUCCCAUUCCAGUCUUUCUGCCAGAGCUGAACCUUUCCUUGAUGAGGCGGGCAGUACAAUCAGUUUUUGUAGUGCUCCUCUUUGUAAUACACUUCUUGUUGAUGAUAAAAGUUGUUUCUGUUUCGGCCCCUAGAUGUGUUCCAGGUUCCAUUCUCUCAAAAAGAUGUCCAGUCCGUCACUAAGGAGUUGAAUCAUUGGCUUGAUUUCCCGGGAUGCAUCUUCCUCGCACUUGUUCGCAGCAUCUUGAGCAGUCUUAGCUUUCUCCUCAGCAAACUUGGAGGAAGCUUUAGCUGACUUGACUCUCAUGCUUACUUUAUGUGCACGAGACUGGGCUACCUCCAGUUUCUGCCAAGCCUCUUUCGAAGCGAUGGUACUGAAAUCAUUGGCCAAGUCCUGACCUUUAGAGGUUUCCAAGUUCAAAACCCAGAAUGCAACUAUCUCCGACUCCCUGAGAGCAGUUUGAGCAGCCUAGGAUUGGUUCUCAGCUCCCUCCAAAUAGGCUCCCUCCUCCUUCAGUCUCCGCGAUGCUUUCUUUGCUUUAGAUCGAGCCAACUCUAGUUCUUCAGCGGCGGCUUCUAUUCUCCAAGACACAAUUCGUGUGCGUGCAGCAUAAUGUAUGGCACUCAUAGGCGGCUUCUAUUCUCCAAGACACAAUUCGUGCGCGUGCAGCAUAAUGUAUGGCACUCAUAGUGGCCGCAGAAACACCUGGACAGGAAAAAAAAAGAAAAAAAAAGAAGAAAAAGGAAUAUCACCACAUUAUGCCUCAGGUAAAAAUGAACUUGUGCAGCCAGUAACAUCCUUACCCAUUCCCUGAGGAGCAGGAGUCCCGAUUCCUAAACUUGUCUCGCCGCUUUCUGGGUCGUCAGCGUUUUCAAAACCGGCAGAAGAAAUAGCCUUAUUCGACUAGAAAGCAAAAGGUUUCCAAGUAAAACUUGUCAAACCGGACGUUUUAACGAGUGCAGAAGAAAGAACCUUCCUCUCAUAUAGAGAAGCCACAGAAGCUGCUGAGAUUCUCUCCACAAUGCGGGGAUCUGAUGGAUGAUCAAAAAACGAUGCAAACAACCCCAACAAAUACUCCCUCUAUCCCAAAAUUAUUGUCCAGUUUGAGAUUUCAUUUUUAGAACAAUUUGAACUAAAAUGAAAAUUCAAACUGGACAAUAAUUAUGGGACGUAAAGAGUAGUAUAUUACAUCCAAGUUGUAUCAUACUCCGUAUAUCAUCAUCAUCAUACAAAAUUAUUGUAAUAAAUAAUCCAGAAACACCAUGUGUUAAUAAGCAUUGAAUUCAAAGCAAUCAAGAUGUAGGAGAUUCAAACGUCCUCAUAAGGGC